AGGCUAAUUGUUGGUUAUGGAGCCUUUAAUUAUAUUCUGCAUAUACUACUUGUAUGCUUUGUGUAUACGUCACACCUUUCUGUGGACAGAUUUUCAACUUGUUGGAUGUAAAUAUGUGAAAUUAGGGCUUGGACUGAAAGUAUGGUUGAGGAAGAGAAAGGUCAAAUUAGGUCGGAUAAUGAGGGAACGAAAGAUGUGUCUGUAACUCUAACUGAAACUGAGAACAAUGCCGCUGGCAGUGUUGACAGAAACUCUGCAGGUUCAUCUGGGGUAUGUGUUCGAAAAUACCUCAGGAGGAAGAGUCAGAGGAUAAACAGCGGUAGCUGUUUAAAGGGGAUUGUUUUACAGGAUUCUAGGGUUUCCACAAAUGUAAGCACCCACGACACUGAUAAGAACUUAAAAGAACCGCCGAAUGUUUGUUUACCCGGUGCUUCCAGAGUUAGUCUUGUUAGGAUGAAUUCCCAUGAUUCUAGAAAUCUCUCUAUUGAUUCCCCGGUGAAAGACUGUAGAAAGAUUUUUCUGGAACAACUCUAUCAGUCAAUAAAGGAGACUGAAGGUGGUCUGCAGGACUGCAUUCAAGAUGCUCUUUUAUUUCAUUCAGCAGGUGAUUUCACAAGUAAAAAAGAGGAAUCUCAUUUUGGUGAAGGAAUGUGUGGAGCUCCUAAUGCACCUAAAGAUCAUGUGGGAAUCAUAUUGAGUGAAUCAAGAAAUAAGCCAUCUCCCUCUACAAAGACUGAGUUCUGUAAACGUGCUCUUUUCAGUGUCUUGACGUCAGCCAAAUUUGCAGAACUAUGUGACCUGCUUCUCGGAAACUUUCAAGGACUGAAAGUGAGUAGUCUCUUUGAUAUUAAUACAAUACAGUCCAGGGUCAAAGAGGGAGCUUAUGAAAGUUCACCCAUGUCAUUCCACCAUGAUAUUCAACAGGUGUGGUCAAAGCUUCAAAAUAUUGGCACUGAUAUGGCUGCUCUAGCUAAGAGCCUCUCAGAGAAGUCAAGUGCUUGUAGUGUGGAGGGUUUUAUGCUAGAAUCUAGUGGACAUGCCAAAGUUGAGCAAACAGAAGGCUCUUGUCAGCUCAGAGCUUCAACUUGCAGGCAGUGUAAAGAGCAAGCAGAGGGUGAAAAUUGUCUGGUCUGUGAUUACUGUGAGGAUAGUUACCAUAUUUUGUGCAUUAAACCUGCUGUAGAGGAGAUUCCUCUGAAGAGUUGGUACUGUACCAGCUGUAGGGCAAAAGGUAUUGGUUCUCCCCAUGAAAAUUGUUUACUGUGUGAGAGUAUAAAUGCAGCCAGACCUUUACGUACUGAAGUCGAUGUGGAAGAAGUAGAGCUCGAGAAAAUCUCAAAUGGUUCAGUGGAAGAUCUGAUAGAAAAUGGAGCAGAAAUUCUUCCAAACUGCAAAAUCUGUGGUAACAAUCUAGAGAAUGAAAAUUAUAGAGUAUGUGGUCAUUCUUUCUGUAUCAACAAGUAUUACCAUGAGAGGUGCCUUACAGUUAAACAGCAUAACUCAUUUGGUUCUUGCUGGUAUUGCCCUUCUUGUUUGUGCCAAAAUUGCCUAAGUGAUCGAGAUGAUGACAAGAUCAUAAUAUGUGACGGCUGUGAUGAAGCCUUUCACAUAUAUUGCAUGCAACCACCUUAUCAUACGAUCCCCAGUGGAAAAUGGUUUUGCACACAAUGUGAUGAUGGACUCCAGCGCUUGCAGAAGGUGAAAAGGGCAUGCUUGAAAUCAGAAUAUAAAUCGAGUCAGAUAUCUGCCAGUAGGCAAGGAGUAUAGGAGAAUAUUUGACGUGGAUGAAGAUGUCAGAUAAAUCUGGUGGUGUUGGCAUGCUACUGAAUGCAAAAUAGCUCGGAAUUGUGAACAAAAUAUGGAUAUCUAGAAAUACAAGUAUUGAAUUGAUAAUAGAAUGGGUGGGGGGGAGGAUCUGGCCUUCAUUAUUUUUUGAAUGCAGAAGUAUAAUUCACGAUCUAUGAGUAACAUCUAGUUCGGAAGAGGUGUCUUCAUAUCAAAUGCCUUUUGUGGACCGAGAAUAGGCUGUAUACAUGGCUGUGACAGAGAAUAGGAUGUAUGCCUAGCUGAGUUUUGGACUUUGUAUCAGUGAAUUCACACUGAUCUAUGAAAUGUGAAUGAUGUCAAGUCUGCUAGGGAUUUGUAAUAUGUAGAUGCUUUUGUUUAAAAUCAUCUCGAGUCUAAUUUAGCUGUUGUAAACUUUGUACAUUGAUUUUUGAAAUGCAACAUUUGAAGGGAACAAUGUUGUAUUUGUAUUUAAACAAUCGAAAUCUUGCUCAGCAUAUUAUCCGUAU